AUGACCGCUAUACAAGCUAUCUACAUCCGUGGCCAUGAAGAGCGUCUAGAGCCUAAACCACACGUGGUGUACCGUAUCGAAAUCCAGGCCAAUGUCCGCUCGUGGCAGAUGUGGAGACGAUAUUCGGAGUUCGUCGACCUACACACCGAGCUCACGAAGUCUACCGGGUCCGAACCGCCUGCUGCUUUACCGCCUAAACAUGUGCUCAGCAUAUUCAGGUCGAAAGAUGACCCGAAGUUGAUGGAGGAAAGGAGAGCAGGGUUGGAGACGUAUCUCCGAGCGAUCCUUAGCGCGAAGGACGACAAAUGGCGGGAAAGCUUCGCCUUCAGGGACUUCAUAGGCGUUCCCGUUGGCAAGGGCGCCACGGACGCCGGAAUUGCAGGAGGUGGAUCUUAUUCUGGUCAACAAUUCACGUCCUCCUCCUGGCUGGAGGAACACGCCGACCUGCAGACCGGUCUCCGGGACAUCCGCGCCGAGAUCAACAAGCGCGACGCUCUCUCCGACAGGGGCGAUGUCUCCGGCGCGCAUGCUGCGAAUGUGCAAGCGAAGAAACGCCUCGCGGGCGUGUUUAGCCGCGUGGGUGCGCUAGGGAAGGGGUUGGAAACGCUGGGCAUGGCGGGCAUGGCGGAGGGCGAGCUUAGGCGGCGCACGGACAUGGUGAGCCGCUUGCAAGACGAAUGCGAGGCUCUGGCGAAGAUGGUAUCCGUCGCGCGAAACACGUCUCGGAUGAAUGCUAUGACAGAACCGAGGCAGGCUCCCCAAAGCGAUCGGGCAGCGUUGAUGGGAGGGACGGCGGGAGCGAACAAACCCCGUCGGGUGUUCGGUCAGCCAGCCCCGGUACAGGAAACGGAGGAGACGCGUCCGCUGGACGACGUAGGACUCCUGCAGCUUCAGAGGCAGAAGAUGGAUCAGCAGGACGAACAAGUUUCGGGCCUGUCCGCUAUACUGCAACGGCAGAAGCAGCUAGGGUUGGCGAUCUCGAACGAAAUCAGGGAGCAAAUCUCAAUAUUGGAAGACCUCGACAACGAAGUGGAUCAAGUCGGCGGAAAGCUCACGAAUGCCAAGAGACAGCUUAACCAGCUGGGAUAG